CUCGGGCCCUGGCGCAUCCCGGAGCAGCGCAGCUUCUCCGCCUUCCGGUGAGAGGGCUGCAGAACCUCCUCCCCUCCUGGGCACCCCUACCUUCGUGGCCCACCUCCCCCCCACCCCCGCCCCUCCCUCACCGGGGGAGCGCGGUGACGGUUGCCGGGAAGCACGCGCCGCCCCUCCCUCCCCUCCAUGCGUCCUCCCCUCACGCGCCACCCGUUUUUCCUCCUUCUCCGUUAAUAACAGCUGGGUGGCUGGGGGAGGAGGGAAGGUGGCCUCGGCUGAGUCUGGGCGGGCGCCUCCCACUCACCCGCGAGCCGCCGUGGGAGCAGGAGAAUGGCGGCGGUAGCGGCGGCCGCCCGGGAGGAGGCGGUGCCGAGGCUCCCGGCGCAGAGCGCGGCGGCGGCAGAGAGCGGCAGCGGCCCGUCGCGGCGCACCAGAACCGAAAGCAGCGGCAGCCGCGCAGCCACCUGAGCCGCCCCUCCCGCCGGAGCCAGCGAGCGGCGCCCACGGGAGCCGAUACCUCCUUCCUCUCCGCCUCUCCUCGUCUCCCGCGCCCCCUGUCAGGCAGCAGGUCUCGCCCGCCAACCCCGAGAAGAGCGCGCCGGGCGCAGACCGCCCCUCGGGGCGCCGGGCUGCGGCCCUGGACGUGCGGGCUUCUGUCUGCGCCGGCCUCGGCGCCUCGACCCUGCCCUCUCGCUCACGCGCUCGCUCCCCCCCUCCCGGCGCUCCGGGCGCUACGCGCGGACCCGGCCCGGGACAGGGCGGACAUGGGCGCCAAGCAGAGCGGCCCGGCCACUGCUAACGGCCGCACCCGCGCGUACUCGGGCUCGGAUUUACCUUCCAGCAGCAGCGGAGGGGCCAACGGGACCGCGGGCGGCGGGGCGCGAGCCGCGGCCGCCGGGAGGUUUCCGGCUCAGGUGCCCGGCGCGCACCAGCCCAGCGCCUCCGGUGGCGCCGCGGCGGCCUCGGCGGCCCCGCGCAGCCGCUCCCUCGGCGGGGCCGUGGGGACCGUGGCGUCGGGGGCCCGCGCGGCGCAGUCCACCUUCAGCAUCCCCAACAGCAGCAGCGGCCCGUACGGCUCCCAGGACUCGGUUCACAGCAGUCCCGAGGACGGCGGCGGCGGCAGGGACCGGCCGGCGGGCGGGGGUCCCGGCGGGCCACGCCUGGUGAUCGGCUCCUUACCAGCUCACCUCUCGCCGCACAUGUUUGGAGGAUUUAAGUGUCCUGUAUGCUCAAAAUUUGUACCCUCAGAUGAAAUGGAUUUGCAUCUUGUGAUGUGUUUGACAAAGCCAAGAAUAACCUAUAAUGAGGAUGUGCUGAGUAAAGAUGCUGGGGAAUGUGCAAUAUGCCUUGAAGAAUUGCAGCAGGGAGAUACUAUAGCACGACUGCCUUGUCUAUGCAUAUAUCAUAAAGGCUGCAUAGAUGAAUGGUUUGAAGUAAAUAGGUCUUGCCCUGAGCACCCUUCAGAUUAAGCAUCAGCUUCCUGUUUUAUAGGUUUCCUUGUCUUUUCAAGAUGCUUGAAAAACUGAGAGGAUACGAAGAUUUAUCUCUGGAAAAGCAAAAACAAAAAUGCAGGCACACUCAGCCAGAAAUCUAAGUUCUGUGAGACUCAGUAAUGCAGAGAUGGACAAUCAUACAGGAAAAAAAAUCCUGCUGAGGAGAGGACAAUUGUCACAGAACUCAGUGUACCAAACAUGCAUAUAAAGGACACACAGGGAUUUUGAAAAUGCUGCACAUCCCUUAAUAGUCAUCUACAUAGGUAAUACUGAUGAACAUUUUAUAUUCAGACACCAAAGUUAACUGAUUUAAAAGUUGAUUUACUUUUUAUUAAGUUCUCUAGAGCUGCGCAACUAGUUGUUUUUAAUUUGUUUUGGUUUUUAGUUUGGGGUCCCUUUAUUUUCCCCAACAUGAUGUUCCUGCAUUCAUCUAUUCUUAAAUUGAAGACCACGUAAUUUACUUCUUAAAAAUUAAAGUCUUGAAUGUGAAACCAAGAAAUGUAAUCAAGCAGUAAAACAUUCUCUGAAUGUAGACCAUGAUCUCAAGUUCUUUGAUUUUCUUUUUUUUCCCCCAAGAGUGGAAAAUAGACUUCUACAUAGGAAAGCUAAAGUAUGUUAAUACUUUAAAUUAAAGGUUUAACAUUAUCAGAACGCAGUCCAAAGAGUAAAAAAAUCAAGUUACAUAAUUACAUUUUAAUUAAUUAAAUUUGGAUUGUCUACAGAAUUGCAGUUUAUUAAAUAUGUUGUUUACUUUUUAAAUAAAACUGCUCAACAGUUAAUCAGCAAUGAAUCAUCUUGCAGCUAUGCAACUUUAAAAAAAUACUAAUUACCAAUUUUAAGUGCUUCCAGCUACAGUAACUUUGUUUUGAUGGGUAUUUUUGUUUGUUCUUUUCAUGUAAUUAUUUUAUUGUGCUUUGCAUCUCCAGGCAGUUUUCCUACAUUUGGGUAAAAUGUUUAGCAGGUUGUAAACUUAAUAACUUAUGAAAAGGGUAAAAUAAAAUUUUCUUGAGUGGAACUUGGAAUAAUUUGAGGGACAUUUUUAUAUACUUUUAAAAAUCAGAAUUUAAUUGGGAUGCCAGAUUUAUAGCAAUUUGCAUCUUUAAUUUUCCAGAUAAUCUGGGGUUUAGCAUUUGAUAAAUGAUUUUUUAAAGCAAACAUGAAGAUUUUGUUAAUUUAUAAUUUAUUAAUGUGUUAUUACUAUAAUUGAAAAUGUUAGAGACUUUUAAAUUCAGUCUUGUUUAGAAAGAAAUGUAUUAAGCAAAAUUAUGUGAAUAAAUAUUCCCACAAAAUACAUCUGAAUGGUUAAAAAAUACUGGAAGAGAGCUAUCAGGGCUGCAACAGUGAAUGUCUUUUUUUUUUUUUUAAUAUCAAAAAUACCAAUAAAUAGAUUUCAUGUUUUCAACAUAGGGAAAA